CUCAGUUCAACACUCAGACUGGACACAGCGGUUCAUCUGUUAACCCAAAGGAGUCAGGAUGGAGUCUCACAGACUGAGCUACAGUCCCAGAGGCAGCCAAGACAGCUUGUUUGGAGUCAGGGUGCAGGUCCAAGGGAUUAAAGGUCAACCUUAUGUAGUUCUGAACAGUUCAGGCCAGGAGAGCCACCGGGACAUCUCUGUCAUCACUCACCAGGCGGGGUAUAAUCCAGGCAUGGUGAGGAGGUCUGUGGAUGAAAGGCACUCUCCAUCUGAGUCACAGAGGACUGCAACCUCCUCCGGGUUUCAUUACCAGAAGCACCCAGAGAUUCUGAGACCUUAUGACCCUGAAAGUAAUAACCUGAACCGAGUCAUUCCUUCAGCAGCUUCAGUCGCUCCACCCGGACAGCUGAACACCGGCCUUCUGCCUGUUCAAACCCAAACUGCUAAUGUGAACAGACCCAGGAUCCCUCUGCCUGCCGAGGGCCCAGAGGGAGACCAGAGUGAGGUGGCCCAGACCAAGACACCUCCCUCAGGCCGACCACUCCCUGCAAGGUCCCCAAACUCAGUGGAGACAGACUCCAUCUUAUCUGUAGGAAAGCUAAUAAGCCAGUUCAACAGCAGCCAGCGGAGGGGAAGGGGCGGCCCGAGGAACAGGCUGGACCCGGAGCAGUGUCGGCGGUCCCGCAGCGUGGACAGCGGUAGAACUUCUGACUCCUCGUCGUCAUCCGCUUCCUCCAGCAGAGCCUCGUCUCUGAAGGGCAUCAGGGCCGAGACCCCAGGUGGGAUAUAUCCCCCCGGGUCGGCCAGGGCUCGACUCCUCAGUGGAGAGGCCUCUUUCUCAAGCAAGAGGGAGGAGAGCAAACCCAGCACAUUGCUUAAAGGACAUAAUGGAAAAGAGACGAUGUCUACACAUGCUGCAAAAUUGCUUCAUGGAGCAGAGAAACCCUCCAUCUCCAGAUCAUGUAGUGACCAGACCGAUGACUCUGAUGAAAGAGACAUGCAGGUCACUCCUGAUCUCCUGAAAGGACAGCAAGAACUGUCAGUGGACCCACCUGAAGAAACAGCAAAACAGGUCCUGUUCACUUACCUGAAGGAUGGGACGACUGAUGAUGACCCCACCACUCAGACCAAAGUCACCCUGCUGCUCGAAAGGGUCAACAAGGUCAAGUGGAAGAGUGCUGAAAAUGUGGAGGAGGAGGAGGAGGAGAAAGAUUGUGCAGCCGACGUGAAGCUUUUGCAGGCGAAACAGGCGGCGCUGGAGAAAGCAGUGAAUGAAUUAAAGCAGCAACUGGAAACCGAGAUAAAGAAUGAAAAGACUCUAGCCAAGGCUUGUGAAAAGGCCCGAACAGAGAAGAAGAAACUUCAGGAAGAGUUGGCCAAAAGUCAGGAAGAGCUCUUCCAGCUCAGGGACAGGCUGGCAAACAUCGAGACAGAACUCCAGUCAACCAAACAGGAGCUUAGUAAGAUGAAGGCAGAGAGAGAGAGAUCUAAGACGGAGAUGAAAGACCUUCAGCAGCAGCUCUCUGAGAUGCACGACGAGCUGGACCAAGCCAAGAAGGCAGAGGUGAUAAAUACAGAGAAAGAAGUCCUCCUCAAGGAUAUGGCGCAACUGCGGAUGGACUUUCAGGAGAUGCUACAGGUGAAGGAGGAACAGGAGGAGGUGCUGCACCGCAGGGAGAGGGAGCUCAGUGCCCUGAAGGGGGCGCUCAAAGAGGAGGUGGAGACUCAUGAUAACUACAUGGCCGCGCUGAAGAACGAAUAUGAAAUCGAGCUUGAAAAGCUGCUCAGGGAUUUAGAUCUGGCUAAAGAGAGCAAUGCUCGGCUGGAUCAAGACAAGGCCGGAGCAGAGGAGGAGAGAGGUGUAGCGAAGGCGCAGCUGAAGGAGCUGAGCCAGGAGAGAGAUCAGCUGAGAGGAAAGGUGCAGGAGCAGAACUACAAGGUGGAUCAGCUGAAUCAGGCGAUCCAGGAGUGUAAAAGCACGGAGAGACUGCUGGAGCAGAGAGCAAAGCAGCUGGAGAGGGAAAAGCAGCAGGUUGAGGAAGCGCUGAAAGACGUGAGGAGGAAUGAGGAGGAGAUGUGUCAGUCCAACCAGUCGUUGCUCACUCGCCUGGAGGACGUGCAGAGUAAGUUGACCAAGCUAAAUCAUGAGCACAGGGAUCUGAAGGAGAAGCUCAAGGAGGAGAGGAAACAGGUAGAGGAGCUGUGGAAGGCAAAAACUGAACUGGAGGAUGAGAGGAGGCUGCAGGACAGGACUGUGGAGCAGCUGCAGAGGAAGAUGAAUUGCAUCAUGGAGGACUGCGAGGCGUCUACCGAUGUACUUCAGAACCAGGUCGAUGAGGCCAGAGAGAAGAGUCAGAGGGAGUUGGACGAGCUGCGGAGACAGCUGCAGGAAAAGGGAGCAGAGUUGGAGAAAUCCCGACAGGCGGCCAAAAAACUGCAGGAAGAGCUGCUUCCUCUGGAGGAGGAUCUGCGGCGGUGUCACAGGGAGCAGCAGGAGGCCCAGCUGAGGGGCCGGCAGCUGGAGAAGAGGGUGGAGGAGCUGGAGGAGAGGAACGCAGCUACGACGGGAGAGCGAGAGCGGCAGGUCAAGCUCAUGGAGGGGCGCAUCAGUCAGCUAGAAGAAGAUCUUAAUGACGAGCGCUGCAGCGCUGACCGCCUGAUGGAACGGCUAGACAAAACCAAAGUGCAGAUGGAUCAGAUGAGGAACGAGCUGAUGCAGGAGAGAGCAGUCAGGCAGGACCUGGAGUGUGACAAGAUGAGUCUGGAAAGACAGAAUAAAGACCUGAAGAGCAGAGUGACUCACCUGGAAGGAUCACAGAGGACCAACCAGGAUUCACUCGUCUCCAAACUUAACAGCCGCAUCCAGGAACUUGAGGAGAGGUUGCAAGGAGAAGAAAGAGACAACAACAACCUGCAGCAAGCCAACCGCAAGCUGGAGCGCAAAGCGAAGGAGAUGAAGAUGCAGGCGGAUGAGGAACACCUGAACCUGCAGAGCGAGCGAGACCAGCUGACUCAGAGGCUGAAGACGGCGAAGAGGCAGAUGGAUGAGGCGGAGGAGGAGAUCGAGCGUCUGGAACACGCUAAAAAGAAGCUGCAGAGAGAACUGGAUGAGCAGAUCGAGGCCAACGAGCAGCUUCACGGCCAAUUGAGCGCACUGCGGAACGAGAUGAGGCGGAAGAAGAGAUCACCUUCUCUCAUCAGGGCCGUGGAGGACGAUGUGAACGACGUGGAUGACUUUGGAUUGACUGACUGACGUGUGACAAAAACAAAAAUGCUGUCCAACAGUCAUUUAUGGACUUUAUGAAGCAACGCCGGACUGUGAAGAAUCUUUCAUAUCAUCAUUCAACAUAAUUCCAUUAACAACUCAGGUUUGAUUUCAUAGUGUUUUAACAUGUGAGCAGCAUGGCACCUUGCCAAGGCUGACCUCUGGUGGCGACAUGUAAAACUACAGUAUCUGACAAGCUGAUGUUUUGCAAUGCAGCAACAAAGUGGCUUACUUACCUGUAACUGAUUACUUUGUUCCCUAAGUUAUUCCUUUGUGGUGUGAGUUAAUAUGGUGUAAACUAAUGAAUAAAUGGAUUAAAAUGCAUUCACUCAUGUUUAUACGCCUCCAAAAAAACUCUUGAAAUGAAUCCAGCUCUAUGCUGUUUCUUGUAAAGUCU